AUGGACAAUGACCAUCAAGUCACAUUUGAGUCUCUGAAGGUGCUCGCAGACAACGUAAACUCGAUCAUCCAUAACAGAAAAAGAUACGAAAUCCAAUUAAUCCUUGAUACUAAUCACUACGACAUACUACUUCUUUCCGAAACAAAACUCAAUCCCAACCACUCGCUUGAAUUCAAAAAUUACAACAUUAUAAGAACGGAUAGACCUAACGCGAUACAAGGUGGUGGCACAGCCAUCCUGAUAAAGAAAUCUCUGAACUAUCAAACGGUCUAUCACCCGUCCUCGUCACUCAACGAAGUAUUGGAAUACACAAUUGUCAGCCUAUCGCUCAAAAAGGCCAACCUCCUAAUCAUCAGUGCUUACGCGACAAACGAUAACCACUCCAUAUUUAUAGACGAACUCAACAAUCUACUACUGAACAUCAAAACUUCAGAUCCUAUGAACUACUUCCUACUUGCAGGUGACCUUAACAUCAAAAACCGCGACUGGGGCGACUCAGAAGACAACCAACGAGGAAAAAUCUUCAAAAAUUGGGCCUCUGACAAGGCGACGGAAUUCAAAGCCUCAAUCUACUCACCAAUCAGGCCUACCUUUAAACCAGGUAGGUCUUUUCUUGACAUUUGUAUUGCGGAUGCACGCCUAACACUUACCAACACCAUCAAUGGCAAACUCGAAACCCUAGAAUAUGACAGUGACCACGACGCAAUAAUAAUGGAAAUAGCCACGGACGUCGAAUCACAAAGACCACUGGACCUAUUAGCCUUUUAUCAUAGAUAUAGAUACAAAUCCACAAAAUGGAAAUCAUUCACCAAGAAACUAGACACUGAAAACACUACAAUAAUCCCCAGCAACGUAACGCUCUCAACUGACCAGAUAGACAACUACUUAAAAGAAAUAGACGAAGCAAUUUUAAAAACAAUAGAAGUAACUGUACCAAAAGUUAAACCACACGACAAAAUCUACAACUACGUGAACAGUAACAUCAAAAAACUUUACAAAGAAAAAACGAGACUACUGACGCUUUACCACAAUCAACUCCGAAUUGACCCAACGCACAAACGCAAGGACACUAUAGAUACUAAAGCUGAACUCAAAAUCAUAAAAAACAACUCCACAAUGAGUUUGUGA